GCUGACCUUGAAACCUGAGUGUUUUGAGAAAGCCUAUAUCGCAUACAAGCACAAAACCUUGCCACUACUAGUUUAUUGGUCCAUAUAAUACGUCUAUAUACAUGUGUUGUCGACCACCGGGCAUUGAUAGCUGAAUGAGGAUAGUGAUGGAAUGUCAAGGAAGCAAGCAUAGACUGCAUCAGGGUUGGGGCUUUGUAGAUUGCUACUAGAGAGAGGAAGAAAGAAAGAAAGAAAGAGAGAGAGAGAGAGAGGGAGGGUUUCUUUGCUUGCUAAAUGUUUCAUUUGAUGUGUUUUGUGUCCAAACUGAAGCAACGUCUCACUGUAGGCUUUGGAUAUGAUAUGAAGCGGGCGGUUGAAUUGAGUUACUGCGUCCAUGAACUUACCAUCCUUAGGUUUUCUGGCGUUCAUACAUCAAGGAAGGUUUGUUAAGGAAGGUUUGUUGCCACAUGCAAUGGAGUACCGAGUGCAUACGGUGUUCAAAAACCUCAAGCUGCCUGCAACAAGGAACGGAAAUGGGGAGAUCGAUUUCGAGGAGUUUGUUCAAGUGAUGUGCAGAAAAGUUAACACAGACUACACAGCGGAUGAAGUUCGAAAAGCCUUUAAGGCAGCGUUGCCCACGUGUAAACUACCCCGGGCCAAGUUUGCUUCGUUUGACGUCUUCUCCGGCAACGCGCCCGACGGGUGCAUCCGUGUGAAGGAUUUGGAGCAAGCUUUGCAGGC